CUCCUGCGUCUGCGCCUCGGACGCCAUCGCGGUAGCCGGCCGCUUUACGCGUGCGCAGCGCGGCUUAGCCCCGACGGGAACUAGAAAAUGGCGGCGUCCGUGGUCAGCCGGGUUGCUAGCGCCGGGGCUCAAGUGCUCCUACGCACUCGCCGUUCGCCGGCCCUGCUGACGGCUCCUGCUUUGCGGAGUACCGCAACCUUCGCCCAGGCCCUCCAGUACGUACCGGAAACUCAGGUUAGCGUUCUGGACAAUGGGCUGCGUGUGGCCUCGGAACAGUCAUCCCAUCCUACCUGCACAGUAGGCUUGUGGAUUGAUGUUGGCAGCCGUUAUGAAACUGAGAAGAACAAUGGGGCUGGCUACUUUGUGGAGCAUCUGGCUUUCAAGGGAACAAAGAAUCGGCCUGGGAAUGCCUUGGAGAAGGAGGUAGAAAGCAUAGGGGCCCAUCUUAAUGCUUAUAGCACCCGGGAGCACACUGCCUACUACAUCAAGGCACUGUCCAAGGAUCUACCAAAAGUUGUGGAACUCCUGGCUGACAUUGUACAGAACUGUAGCCUGGAAGACUCACAGAUUGAGAAGGAACGUGAUGUGAUCCUGAGGGAGAUGCAGGAGAAUGAUGCAUCCAUGCGGGACGUGGUCUUUGAUUACCUGCAUGCCACAGCUUUCCAAGGCACACCGCUAGCCCACACUGUGGAAGGGCCCAGCGAAAAUGUCAGGAAACUGUCUCGUGCAGACUUGACUGAGUACCUCAGCAGGCAUUACAAGGCACCUCGAAUAGUGCUGGCAGCAGCUGGAGGGGUAGAGCAUCAGCAGCUGUUAGACCUUGCCCAGAAGCACCUGAGCAAUGUCUCUGUGACGUACGCAGAGGAUGCCGUGCCUGCUCUUAUUCCGUGCCGCUUCACUGGCAGCGAGAUCCGUCACCGUGACGACGCCCUACCAUUGGCCCAUGUGGCCAUUGCGGUAGAAGGACCUGGCUGGGCCAACCCAGACAAUGUGGCCCUCCAAGUGGCCAAUGCCAUCAUCGGCCACUAUGACUGCACUUAUGGCGGUGGCGUGCACAUGUCCAGCCCACUGGCUUCAGUUGCUGCUGCCAGGAAGCUGUGCCAGAGUUUCCAGACCUUCAACAUCUGCUAUACAGAGACUGGAUUGCUGGGUGCACACUUUGUCUGUGACCGAAUGAAUAUUGAUGACAUGAUGUUCUUCCUGCAAGGCCAGUGGAUGCGCCUGUGCACCAGUGCCACGGAGAGUGAGGUGGUGCGGGGCAAAAACAUCCUCAGAAAUGCUCUGAUAUCUCAUCUGGAUGGCACUACUCCUGUGUGUGAGGACAUUGGAAGGAGCCUCCUGACCUAUGGACGCCGUAUCCCCCUGGCCGAGUGGGAAAGCCGGAUUGCAGAGGUGGAUGCCAGUGUGGUGCGUGAAGUCUGUUCCAAAUACUUCUAUGACCAGUGUCCAGCAGUGGCUGGAUUUGGCCCCAUCGAGCAGCUCCCAGACUACAACCGGAUCCGUAGCGGCAUGUUCUGGCUGCGCUUCUAGGCAGGACGCCUGUGCAGGCGAGAAGGCGUGGCUGGGGCUCAUGAUUUCCGCACCACAAACAUACCACUCUGGCUCCUCAAACUUGUGCUGCAGGUUACCACCAAUAAAGUCCUCUGUUGAGAA